UGAUGUGAUGUUUUGGUCAAAGGUCACUGCAGUGAGUGCAAAUCCCGAUCCCGAGCACACAUGUAGUUGAGUCAAUUCAUAAAACAUCAUCAUGCCGGAAGCUGAGGGAAAGGCUGCCAAGCGGAAUAAGACGGAGGACCCAGCAGUCACCAAGUUCCGCGACUACUUGCGAAUCAGGACGGUUCACCCUGACCCUGACUAUGCUGGUGCUGUUGUCUUCCUCCAACAGUAUGCAGAUGAGCUGGGUCUGCCAUCUAAAGUCAUUGAGGUGCACCCUGGGAGGCCCGUAGUGUUGAUGACGUGGGAGGGACAGGACCCCACCCUUCCCACAAUCCUGCUGAACUCUCACACGGAUGUGGUGCCAGUCUUCCCUGAACACUGGCGUUGUGAACCUUUCUCUGCUGACAAGACGGAGAAUGGAGACAUCUAUGCAAGGGGUACUCAGGAUAUGAAAUGUUGUGGCAUAUGGUAUCUGGAGGCCAUCCGACGCCUGAAGGCAGAAGGGAAAAGAUUCCAGAGGACAAUCCACCUGUCGUUUGUGCCAGAUGAGGAAGUUGGUGGCAAACUGGGCAUGUGGAAGUUUAUUGAGCACCCAGAGUUUAAGGCUUUAAACGUGGCCUUUGCACUGGAUGAAGGACUAGCCAACCCCUUGGAUGAAUACACUGUGUUCUAUGGUGAAAGAGCACCCUGGUGGGUGCGAGUGAAAUGCACAGGGAACCCUGGACAUGGAUCACGCUUCAUCGAGAACACUGCAGCUGAAAAAGUGCAAAAGGUCAUCAACUCCUUCUUGGCCUUCCGUGCAGAACAGAAAGCCAAGCUGGAGAAGUCAGGAGGCUGUCUGACACUUGGUGAUGUCACCACUGUCAACCUCACAAUGUUGGAGGGAGGAGUUGCCUACAAUGUGGUGCCUACAGAGAUGUAUGCAGGGUUUGACAUCAGGAUUGCUCCGACUCAGGACUUGAAAGAGUUUGAACAGAAGAUUCAGUCCUGGAUUGCUGCAGCUGGAGAGGGCAUCACCUAUGAGUUCAUCCAGAAAUUUGAAGACCAGACCUGUACGUCCACUGACAAGUCUGACCCAUGGUGGAAUGCCUUCAGUACAGCUUGUGAAAACAUGGGGAUGAAGUUGAAGCUUGAGAUUUUCCCAGCGGCCACCGACAGUCGCCUCCUCAGAAUGAUCGGCCUUCCUGCUAUCGGCUUCUCCCCCAUGAACCUGACCCCCAUCCUGCUGCACGACCACAACGAGUUCCUGAAUGAAGAUGUCUUCCUGAAGGGCAUCGGGAUCUACUGUAACAUCAUCCCCGCUGUGGCCAAUCUCAAGAUCUAAAUAAAAAGACUCCUUUUAUGUACGCAACCAAGUGUUUUAUUCAGUUGACAUUUCAGUGACCGUAUGUCUGUCAUUUUCAUCAGGAAGCGUCGGCUGAAUAAAACGGUUGUGUAAAAAGGAGUCUCCUUAUUCUGUGCUUUCCCAACGUCAUGAAACUACAUGUGUUCACGAAUGUGAAGAUCUAGAUUACUUAAUUUGAUCAGCUGUCAUCUGUUUUGCAUGGAAUACUGCACAAUGUUUACUGCUUAUAAUGGCUUUAAAUUGUUUACAGUUGUUUGGUAAUUAUGGCAAUAAAGAUAUUUCAUGUUUAUGAUUUUAAACAAAAAAGUAUACCUUUAUAAUGUUGCGUGUAUACCUUUAUAAUUAAUGUUGCAUAAAAUGAGUGAAAUUAUUGAAAAUUUAUAUCAUUUUCAUAAUUAAAGUCUACAUAAAGAUUUUGUCAAGGAUACAAAUGACUCAACAAGAUACAAUGUAGAUACAAAAUGUACUUAACCUUCAGCAUGCCAAGGUAGCUGUUUGGCACCAAAUUUUUUUGGUUAUGGGAUUAGGCAGCAGGGAGGAAGUUAUAAAAAAAUCCCAAGAUAGAUUUUUCAAGAUUUAGUAAUAAAGAUGUAAUGGAGCACUUCAAA